AUGUGGCUUUUCGAAGAUGCCCUCUGCCUAGCAGCCCACACCCCGAUAACCGCCUCGAUCGGUGAGCCAAACCAGGUGAGGGUAUCCGUGUGUGCAUCUUCGCACACGGUAACUCGGCUCCACUGGCCGGAUGGACUACCGCCUCGGCAUCUCCGAGACGAGACUCCAUCUGCAACACUGAGGGAGACCACAAGGUACGUGAGCCCCCAGAUAAGCGAGCAUCGCUCUGCUGGCCUGCUAUUUGCUUGCUUGUUUGUGUUUGUUCUUGUUGAAAAAUAAAUGCCGUUCUGUUGAAUCUCCUCUCUCGCCUAUGCCUUUUGUCGGUCUUUCCUGCUUGCUUUUGUCUGCUUAUUGAUGUUUGUCCUUAUAGUGAACUCAGGGUUGUUCUGCUAAAUCUAUCUGCACACGACAGUUCGAUAAUCCUAGGAACAACCGAGUGUAACAAAGGACGGCAUUAGUGGCUCGUGAACUGGCGCGCUACAAGGUGGACAUCGCUGUACUUAGCGAGAUCCGCUUCCCUGGACAAGGCCAAUUAGAGGAGGUUGGCGCCGGCUACACCUUAUUCUGGAGCGGUCGCCGCAGGGCGGAGCGAUGGGAUGUGGGCGUCGCCUUUGUCAUCCGGAACGACAUCGUGGGACGGCUGCUCUGUCUGUCGCAGGGCACCAACGACCGAUUGAUGAGUCUCCGUCUGUCUUUCCAAGGAUCCGGAUUUGUCACAAUCGUCAAGGCCUACGCCCCGCCGAUGGCCAGCCGUGACGAGGUGAGGAACAAAUUCUACGAGGACCUGCACGCCCUCAUGGCGACUGUGCCGAAGGCGGAUAAGUCAAUUGUUCUUGGUGGCUUCAACGCCCGCGUCGGCACAGACCAUGCUGCCUGGAGAGGAUUACUGGGUCCUCAUGCUCUCGGUGGCUUCAACGACAAUGUCCUGCUCCUCCUACGAACCUGCGAUGAACACCGACUCAUCCUGGCCAACGUCUACUUCCGCCGUCUGACGUGGGCGAUGGCGACCUGAAUGUACCCUUGGUCGCAAUACUGGCGCCUUCUGGACUAUGUUCUCGUCCGGAGGCGAGACCAGUGGAACCUUCUGUUGACAGAGGCGAUUCCGGAUGUUAACGGACGCACCGACCAUCGUUUCGUCAUCUCCAAAAUGCGGAAUCGCCUACAGCCUCGCUAAAGACCUCAAGGUAAGCGACCCCCAGGUAAGCUGGAUAUUGUUUUGUUGUCUUUGCCUGCUCACCAUCUCCACUUCAGGAAUGAGCUAGCUCAGCGGCUAGUCAACCUUCCAGUCGCCACCACUCCGCUGACUCGACCGCCUCCGUUGAGAACCGAUGGUGCAAACUCCGAGACAAAGUCCAACCGACGGCCCUGACUGUCCUCGGUCGCUCACGUUGCCAACACCAAGACUGGUUCGAUGACAACGACGCCACUAUCAGCGACCUGCUCGCCGAGAAGAACCGUCUGCACAAAGCCUAAGUAACUCGCCUCACCGACGACAACAAAGCAGCCUUUCACCAAAGGCGCCGUCUUUUGCAACAGCGACUGCAUAAGAUAUAGGACGCCUGGACGGCUCGCAAGGCUGGGGAGAUCCAAGUCUACACAAACAGCAGCAAUUGGAAGAACUUCUUCACCGCGAUCAAGUCUGUCUACGAUGCGUCAACCAAGCCAACCGCUCCUCCUCUUAGCGCAGACUGAUGUACCCUACUCACCGAUAACAAACAAAUCCUACAGCGAUGGGCCGAACACUUUAGAGGCGUCCUCAACCAUCCCCUCUACCAUCUCCAACGCCGCCAUCGACUGCCACAAGUGGAGACCAACGCCGACCUCGACCUCCUGCCCUCCCUCCACGAAACCAUCAGGGGCGUGCCUCAUCUCUCUACCGGGAAAACGUCCGGAUCAGACGCGAUCCCAGCUGAAAUCUACAAGCACGGUGGUCGCCAACUCAUGGGUCAACUGAUGGCGCUCUUCCAGGAGAUGUGGCGUCAAGGAGAAGUCCCGCAGGAUUUUAAGGACGCCACAAUCAUCUAUCUCUACAAGCGCAAAGGGAACCGCCAAAUCUGCGACAACCAACGAGGUAUUUCUCUACUGAACAUCGCCAGGAAGACCUUCGUUUGCAUCCUUCUUAAUCGCCUGAACAACCAUCUGGAACAUGGUCUCCUGCCAGAAAGCCAGUGCGGUCUCCGCCGUCAUCACAGCACCACCGACAUGACCUUCAACACCCGUUAA